UUUAAAGUAUUCUCAUGCAGAUUAAAUAAUAAGAAAUAAUAUACACCUUUUUCCUCCUUAUAUAAAUAGGCUCAACACACGUAACAUGGCCCCAAACCCUAGCAAGACUCUCUCUAAGACUCAUAUCAUUACGUCAUGAGUUCAAUAGCAAGAGACCGAAAGGAACAAAUGGUGAUCCAUUCUUCAAUCGUCUUGCUUCAAGAAAGAUUCAGACAACUUCAGAGAGCAAGAGAGUUAAGAGCUGAACGAGAGCUCCUAAACCCUAAACCUAACCACCAAGACAACAUCUUGCAAUAUUACAGCGAACCCACUAGUUUCGGUUUCUUUCAGUUUCUACCUAUAAACUCUCAAACAUCUUCGUCACAGCAGCUCCUAUCCCUCUCCUUAUGCUCACACUCCACCUCUGAAUCCAUUGAAAAGCCAAGCUUUUGUCAUCAGUGGCCAAAUAAAGAUGACAAGAAGAUGGGUGGGAUUGAUCGAUACGACGAUGUUGACACGUCUCUGCAUCUCUAAAACUAAAAUAAUUGUUCCUCCAUCUUUUUGAAGUUCUAAUUAAAUAUGUAUGUAUAUAGAGUUUGUUUUCGUCGGUAUGCUCUUCUAAAGAGUCUUCUAGGUGGUGGUGAUAUAUGUAUGGUUAAAAUGGCAAUCAUAUAUAUUAAUUAUUUCGAAGUUAAUGAUUAUGAUAUAUUUUAUAUCACGA